UUUGGAAUUUCACUUUCUACUCUGUAAUUAAGACUUCGAUCCAAAGAUAUACUUCUAUUGACUCUGGUGAUCCUCAUGAUCAAAAGAUUUGAAGCCUGAUUGAGUCUUGAUCUUAUGUUUCUGCAAAAAGAUGCCUACUAGACAAAUGUCUGCAGUGAAAUCACAGAUGGGUUCGCGGAGUUUCACUAGAGCUUUGGCAUUAGCCUUUAAUGAGUGGCUACUGAUGUUCAUGCUCUUUGUUAACUCCAUAUUCUCUUACGUGAUCGCGAGGUUUGCUGAUUACUCCGAGCUUCAAUCUCCAUGUCUGAUGUGCUCAAAUCUUGAUCAUAUUCUCGGGAGGACAAAACAUUCGAAGAAAACUCAUUGGGAUAUGAUUUGCUCUAAACACAAAUCAGAGAUCUCGUCAUUGGUUUACUGUCAUGCUCACAGCAAGCUUGUUGAUGUCCGUGGAAUGUGCGAAACUUGCCUCUUCUCUUUUGCUACAACCAAUAAGUCAAAUGCUGAAACUUACAGAUUGUUGGUUGGUAAAUUGGGUGAUAAUUCUUACUUUGGAUCCAAGAGUGAUCGAAGUACAAAUCCAAAUUGCUCUAAACUUACAGAUUGUACAUGUUGUAAUCAGUUGUGGGGGCCUCAAACCGCUGCUACUCAGGUGGCUGAACGGGAAAUGCUACCCAAGAUUGGUUUGCUUAGUAAAGUGCGAAUCGGGAAGCAAUCUACACCCAAGAAAAGUGUCAGCUUCAAUCAUUUGCCUGAUGUUGGGUACACUGAGCUCAAGAUUCAUUCAGAUACUGAAUCAGAAGCUGUCUUUUCAGAUACUGAACCAAAGCAAGAAUCUUCACCUAGCCAUUUGCCUCAUGUUGGGUACAAUGAGCCCAAGAUUGGUUUGGUUGGUGAUGUGAGAACCGAGAAACCAUCUACACCCAAGAAGAGUGUCAGCUUUAAUCAUUUGCCUGAUGUUGGGUACACUGAGCUCAAGAUCCAUUCAGAUACUGAAUCAGAAGCUGUAUUUUCAGAAGAUGAAGGUGUCGUCCUAAAAGAUGAGGAUCAUAAGUAUCAAACCGUGGAUCUUGAGACUCCUCCAAUUAUCACCUUGCCUUAUGAUUUGGCUACCGACAAGCUGCUAAACUUUGAUUUCCCUGUGGAGCCUUUACUGACUCUAAAUGACCGAGAAGAAGUUCAUUUGCAAGAGAGCAAAUGGAGAACUUAUUCCUCAUUUCCCGAGAUUAUCCCAGUUAAUGAUGUGCCUGAAACAUCAGAGAAGGUUUUUAAGGAGGAAGAGAUCAAUUCAUUAGAUAAUCUUUUCUUAACAUCACGCGCCAUGGAACAUUUUGCAGCUGUUCCAAAGAAGAAAAAAGAGCCGAUUCGCCUCCAAGAUAUUUCCUUAACACCAGAUUUCAAGGAAAGUCCUGCAAAUGACUCCUUAAUGGAGGAGACUGAGCUUAUUUGUCUCAAUGAUGUUACUUCAACAUCACGCGCCAUGGAACAUUCUGAAGUUAUUUUAAAGGAGAGAGAAGAACCGCUUCACCUCCUAGAUAUUUCUGUAACACCAGAUUUUAAGGAAAAUCCUGCAAAUGCCUCAUUAAUGGAGGAAACUGAGCUUGUCUGCCUCAAUGAUGUUAGUUCGCCAUCACGUGCCAUGGAACAUUCUGAAGCUGUUUUAAAGGAUGAAGAAGAGCCGAUUCGCCUCCAAGAUAGUUCUUUAACACCAGAUUUUAUGGAAAAUCCUGCGAAUGCCUCCUUACUAGAAGAGGCUGAGCUUAUUUGCGUCAAUGAUGUUACUUCAACAUCACACGCCAUGGAACAUUCUGCAGUUGUUUUAAAGGAGAAUGAAGAGCCGAUUUUCUUCCAAGAUAUAUCUUUAACACCAGAUUUGAAGGAAGAUCCUGCAAAUGCCUUCUUAAUGGAGGAGACUAAGCUUAUCUGCCUCAAUGAAGUUACUUCAACAUCAAGCGCCAUGGAACAUUCUUCAGUUUUUAUAGAGGAGAAAGAAGAGCUGGUUCGCCACGAAGAUAUAACUUCAACACCAGAUUUUAUGGAAAAUCCUGCAAAUGCCCCCUUAAUGGAGGAGACUGAGCUUAUUUGCCUCAAUGAUGCUACUUCAACAUCAGAGGCUGCUGAAACUCCUGAAGUUGUUUUAGAGGGAAUUGAACUUAUGUCCAUCCAUGAUAAGUCUCUUGAAGAGGUUCCUCAAUCACUCACUACAGAUGAAACCUCUGUUGAGAUGUCAAAGGAGAGGGACACUCACCAAGCUGAUAUUAACUCUCUGGAAUCUGAAUACAUUGUUGUACCAUCUCCAAAUUCCAUGCCUGAAAAUUCAACCGAAAACUGUGUAUCAGACAACAAAGAAAUGAAAGAGACAUCUCUUACGGUCUCUUCAUUGUCUGAAAUGGCUCCACGGGACGUCACUUCUCACACAGAAGCAGCUCUUGAGUCAGAAUCUUCUUCCUUCAACUCAAUGUCGGUGGCAGCAGAAACAAAUCAAUAUUCAGGUGAGCUACUGGACCUUGCGGAUGCAUAUAAUAUCGUUGUAGGAAAUGAGGGUAACAACGAUAGUAAUGGAAGACAAAAAAUAGAGAAUUGGAUGAAGAAAGAUACUUCUAGAGUUAGUGAAGACCUAAAAGCACUUCUAACUCAAAUAUCAGCUUCUCGUGGGAUAGAGUUUUUGUCGCCUAGAGAUGUAAGCCCGAAGAUAUCUGUUAACAGUAGUGAUCAGGAGACAAAGAACCUAGAUCAUGAUAUGCAGCUGCUACUUCAGAAGAGAAUGCUUGAAAGGAACGAGAGUAACUUAUCGUUGGAAGAAGUCUCUGUGAGUGAAAUCGAGGGAGAAAGUGAGAGUGAUCGGUUGAAAAGGCAGGUUGAUUACGACAGGAAAUUGCUGACUGGUUUAUAUAAAGAAUUAGAGGAAGAAAGAAGUGCUUCAGCGGUCGCUACAAAUCAAGCAAUGGCUAUGAUUACGAGGUUGCAGGAAGAGAAGGCGUCAUUCCAAAUGGAAGCUUUGCAGAACCUGAGGAUGAUGGAAGAGCAAGCAGAGUAUGACAUGGAAGCAAUACAGAGACUGAAUGAUUUACUUGUUGAGAGAGAAAAACUAAUUCAAGAUUUAGAAGCUGAGAUUGAAUACUUCCGGGACCAGACCCCGCAGAAGAAGAAUAAGCUAGAUGUUCCAGAAAAGGUGACUGAGAUGGAUUCGCCUAGUGAGGGAAUGAGCAACAAGAUACAGAGUUGUUUAGUUGGGUUCGACGAAGAGAGAUUAUAUAUCACCAGUUGUUUGGAGAAGAUUGAAAACAGAGUAAAUGGCGAGGCUCAUGGCGAUAAUCUACCUGCACAAGAAUCUGUCUCUGAGCUACAUGAGAGAGUAGAAAUGCUUAAGGGAGACUUAUACUUUCUAGAACAGGUUAUGAAUUCUCUCGGGCACGGGAAGGAAGGCGUGGAAUUUGUCAAGGAAAUAGCUUCUCAUUUGCAAACUCUGCGGAGUGUCGGCAUGAAAAGACAAAAUCAUACAGAGAGUUGAUGCCCUGGGGAACAACCUUCACAAAGAUAAAUUUGUGGAGAGGAUAUUGUAGAGGAAACUAAACAAAGUUCAAGAGUGGUG